AUGGAAUCGUCAGAGAACAACGCCAAUCACGACACUUCAUGGACCGCCGCAACUAACUGGACCAUCGCCGGUGGCUCUCUCGUCAACUCGCUCACUUUCGAGUCCUCUCUUUCCCUAAUCAGCGACGACAACGACAACCACAACCACGACGAUAAUAAUGAUCACGAUCAAUUCUCCACCGUCGAUUCUAAAUCUAAAUCUCCUCUUAUCCUCUACGCUCCUACACCUGAUUCCGCGCCCUGCGAGAUCACUAUUAAUUUUGCUCAAUCACAUGAGGUGAGGCAGAUUUAUGUUCGGAGUACUGCUCGAGUUUAUGAAAUAUACUGUGCCCCUGAGACGCAGAGCAGCAGCGAGUAUCUGUGUACUGUUCGCUGUGGCAUUGCUACUAGAGAUGAAGAAGUGCUGUGUGCUACCAAUAUUGAAGAAGCUGUUUUGGCACAUGCAAAGAGUUCUGUUCAAGAACCAGCAGAAGAGAAAUUCAGAAAUGGUAGUAGCCUGUCCCCCAAUGAAGAUGACUGGGUUGAAGUGAAAGCGCUUGAUAGUCCCCUGGUCGUCAACAGAAACAGUUCUUCAUCAUCAAAUUCUAACAUAAACUCAGAGAGAAAUUUACAGAGGGAUGUUGAUCUAUCGUACUUUUCCAGAACUAGAUGUGGAUACUAUCUCUGGAAUUCUGGAAUUGAGUUUCGUGAUAUUCCUUGUAAUGGGUCAAGAAAGGACUUGCCUGCCCUUUCUUUGCAUGAUUUGUAUGAGGCUACAGCAGAGAUCACUGAUGCAAACCCUUCCAUGUCCCUUACACUCAGGCUGCUUUCGCUUCAGAAUAAAGGUUAUGUUUGUGUUGAUGAAGUGUAUGUAUUUGGCGAUCUUGUUGACAUAAGUAAUUUGGAUAAACAAAUGGGGCCAAAGGAAAACUCUGCUGGAAAUUCACUUAUGGCCAUGCUUGUACCUGGCUUUUUUCAGUUGUCUAAAACAAAGGGUAUUGGCGGAGGAGAAGAUAGAUACAAUAUUGAUACAAAAGAAAGGCAGAAGUUGCAGGAAAUUGGGUCAAAAGCAGCUGCUCCAGUUGAUGUUGAGAAGAAAAUUCAGGAAGAAGUGAGGUUGCAAGAAGCAGUUGGGCCUUCUUCCAAAUCGGUCCAGCAUGAGAUCCCCCAACAAGUUUCAAUUACAGAGAGCAAGCCUGAUAUUUCACGCAAUCAUUUUGAAGGUGUCCUGGAUCAUCUUGUUUCUCGAGUUAACAGAAUAGAGGAUCUCUUUUUGAGGUUUGAGGAAAGUAUGCUGAAGCCCAUCAACAGUAUUGAUGUGAGGCUCCAGCGAAUCGAGCAGCAACUUGAUGUGCUCACUAAGAAAACCGAGAACUCUGCAUUGGUUCCUUGCACAAGAAUUUCUGCUCCUGAUUUUUCAUGCAGUGAAUCAGAGACCAACUCCUUCUAUAACAAUGGAAGUAGAGAUAUCAGUUAUAUGGCAAGUGAAGCAUAUAAGAGCCGUUCACCUUCACCUCUGACGUCUAUUCUUCCUGAUGCCACCCCUGUUUCAGUAAAUGACGCAAAGUUACAACCUGGUUUGGUAGUCACUGCUCCUGAGUUCUCAAAUUAUGACGAUGAGGCAGAAGAUCAUGCUGUGGAAUCUGUUAAGGAAUCUCCAAAGGAUAAACAAAAGCAUUCUAUGUCAAUUGAUGAUGCUUUAGCAUAUGCACUUGCUGGAUUCUUAUCUUCGACUUCAAUGCAGACCCAGAAAUAUUCUCAAACUCUUGCAAUUAAGGCUCCAGAUUUUCCAAGUGAAGAAGAAAACAGCAACGAGAAAGCAGCUGCACCAAUAGUUGAAUCUGAACUAAAUACGGACCCUUCCAUUUGUUUCAGUGAAUCUGAUGGAACAGAGCACAUUGGAAAUUCACUUUCAUCUUUAGAGGAUGCUGAGAAUGUGAUGAGAUCUCUUAAUGAUAACAACUCUUCGAAAAUGGUUGAAGCAGUUGAUGAACAAUGCCAACAUAGUGAGGGGGAAGAAGGUGAGUCACAGGACAUUUGUGUUGGCCAUGCAGUUGCACCAGUCAUGCAUGAUGUGACAGGUGCUGAUUCCUAUGAGAUGACAGAUGACAUAAAGGAAGGAGAAGUUGGCGAUGGAAUAAUCAAUAUAUUUGAUCUUCAGAAAACUGAGUCUCUGAAACAGUUUUCUGGAGAUCAGACUGAUGAUGGCUCUGUCACUACUCAGGAAGUGGCUGUUUCAAAUGAAUUAUUCGCUUAUAAAGAAGGCAUAGAAGAAGAGUCUAAACAAGACAUUCUGCAGAACAUUGUUGAACUGUCGCGUGCUUCUUCCAUAGUAGAUUUCGAAUCUCCAAUCCUGGAAGUGAAAUUUGUUUCUCAAGAACACUCGGGUAUCAAGUCUCCCCUUGAAGCCCUUUUGGCUGGCAUGCCAGAUCUGGAAGUUGAAGUUCGUUCAGCUAUGGAAAACAAUAAUAAUGGUUCUGAAAAUGGCGAUCAGUACAACUUAAUUUCAGUUGAGGAUUCUGGAACUGAUGCCCACAUCUCAGUGGAUAUGGAUUAUUGCAGUCUAAAUGAGCCGCCUUCUUCGAAUAUGGAAGCUGAUGAACUACAUGACUGUUAUCCAAGCAGCAGCCCGGAAAUGCCAGCUGCAAGUCUGAUAUGA